AUGAGGAGCAGCGGCCACCUGCUAAUUCGGCUACUAUUGCUCCGGUUGGUCGGUGGAAUGCUGCCGCUGGAUGCUGUGCUGAAGGCGAAACAGCAAACAUCAUCAUCCGUCACCUCGAUCGCAGCAGCCGGCGACGCGUACCAACACCACCAGCAGCAGCACCGCCUGCUAGACGAUAUCGUCGCCCGGUACCGGCUAGCGAACGGAACGGCGGCCAACCAUCAUCAUCAUCACUAUCAUCAUCGCUUCACGCACCUCACGUACGAUGCGAGUAGGCGCACGUUCUAUGCCGGCGCCACGAACCGGAUACUGCAGUUGAGCGAAAACCUGACACUGCUGCGCGAAGCCGUGACGGGCCCGAAGCUGGACUCGGCCCAGUGCCAUGCCGCGGGCUGCCCGCCGGAUGUGGUGGACGGGGUGGAAACGGAUAACCACAACAAGGUGCUGCUGUACAACCGGGACGGUGACACGCUGAUAGCGUGCGGCAGUGUCCACCAGGGGGCAUGCGAAAUCUACUCCCUGUCCGAGCGCCGGUUCCCGGACUCGGUCAAGCCGAUCGAGGUGGCACUGGCGGCCAACGAUGAACACUCGUCGACGUUUGCGUUCAUUGGCCCGAGCCGGUACCGGGAGCGCGAGGACAUCAUGUACGUCGGCACCACGUUCACGAACGUGGGCGACUAUCGGCACGAUGUGCCGGCCAUAUCGUCCCGGCGGCUGGAUGACCUCACGUACGCCGAGUUUUCGAUCCAGCAGUCGAACAUCAACAUCGACGUCAAGUACCGGGACCACUUUCUGGUGAACUACGUGUACGGGUUCAACAGUACCGAGUAUGCGUACUUUGUGUUGGUGCAGAAAAAAUCGCACCUCGCCGACGAGGCCGGCUACGUGACGCGGUUGGCGCGGAUCUGCGUCAACGAUCAAAACUACGAUAGCUACACGGAGGUGACGAUCACGUGCAUGGUCAACGGGACGGACUACAACAUUCUGCGCGAUGCCAAGCUGGCCCAGGCGGGCCAGAAGCUCAGCAACGAUAUGGGCAUCAAGCGGGACGACUUCCUGCUGGUGGCCGUCUUCUCGCCCUCGAAGGAGAUCACGGAUGAGCCGCAAAACCGGUCCGCCAUUUGCAUGUACAGCCUGAAGGACAUCGAAGAGGUGUUUAACGAAAACAUUCACUCCUGCUUCAACGGUACGAUCAAGGAUCGGAACCUCGGCUACAUUUCGGGCACGAUCGACGACGGCAAGUGUCCGGAGGCUGGCUCACAGGCCGGCAAUGUGUACAGCUUCUGCAAUGUGGGACUGAAAAUUAGUGGCGUUACACCGAUCACGGCCACGGCUCGGUUUGGGUUUGGUGAAGGGAUCGCUCUGACGUCGAUCGCCGUCACGACGAUCGGGCCGCACACGGUGGCCUUCGUGGGUACGAACGAUGGCUGGGUGCGGAAGGUGCUGCUGUCCGGGCGAGAGGCCGGUGAGUACGAGCGGAUGGCGAUCGAUGAGGAGGGCUUGGCCAUCCUGCCCGACACGAUGUUUGCACCGAGCAACGAUCAUCUUUACGUGCUGUCCGAGCGUAGCAUCAUCAAGAUGAAGGUGGAACACUGCGGCACGUUCGGGAACUGCUCCGACUGUCUGGAAUCGCGCGAUCCGUACUGUGGUUGGUGUUCGCUCGAGAAGCGGUGCACCGUGCGGACGGCGUGCCAGAAGGACACUAGCGCGGCCCGCUGGCUGUCGAUCGGUACCGGUCAGCAGUGUAUCGAUUUUGAAAUGGUUGCCCCCGACCGGCUGCCAAUCGGUCAGCAGUCCGUCGUGCGUUUGGUGAUCAAAACGUUGCCCGAACUGCCGCACAACGCCCAGUAUCGGUGCGUGUUCGGUAAUGCCACGCCGAUCGAUGCGAACGUCACGAAGGAGGGCCUGGUGUGUGCGUCACCACCGGUCAACGAGCGGCCCUCGAUCGGCGAUGGGCAGGAUCACGUCCUGGUGCCGCUGAGCGUGCGCAGUUCGGAGACGAACAAGGACUUCGUAUCGCGCAGUUUCGCGUUCUACGACUGCACGCGGCACGAGACGUGCCGGCAGUGCCUGGUCAGUAACUGGGGUUGCCACUGGUGCAUUUACGAUAAUCGGUGCGCCUUCAAUACGAGCUCGUGCCGCAACUCGGCAAACAUCGUGCAAAGUGAAGCCGCCUGUCCGCGGUUGAAGCAACGCUCGGUGCCGAUCCUGCUGCCCAACAAGGUGCCGAAGGAGAUCCGGCUGGAGAUCGAGAAUCUGCCCCGACCGCAGAGCGCCCACACCGGAUUCCUGUGCACGGUCAACAUCGAGGGAGCGCACAUGGUGUUGCCGGCCCGGGUGGAAGGAAACAAGUACAUUGUGUGCGAAAAAACACUCUAUUCCUACGAGGCGGCCACCAACGAGUACGAGGCGACGGUGGAUGUGAACUGGAACCGGAAUCACUACAUCGACACGGUGACCGUGGUGCUGUACAAGUGUGAAAUACUCGGUUCGCACCGUGACCACGCCGACUGCAGUCUGUGCGUGACGCGCGAUCCCAAGUACCAGUGCACCUGGUGUGGCCAGCAGUGCAGCUUCAACGAAACGUGUUCCGAUGCCGCGGCCAUGGUGGGAAUGGUACGGGGCGGUGGUCGGUUGCCCGGUGAGGAAGGCGGUUGUCCCCGGCCAAGGAUCGAUCUGAUCAAACCGCUUAGUGGGCCGAUCGAGGGCGGAACGCUGGUGACGAUCGAAGGCAGCAAUCUGGGCAUUCGCGAGGAAGAUGUUCGCGGUCGAAUCCACAUCGGGAACGUACCGUGCGAGCUGGAGAGAUACGAAAUUUCCGUCCGCAUCGAGUGCCGCACGGGUGUGGUGGGAAGCGAAAUGUCGGCGCCGGUGAAAGUCGGCAACGAGGCGGGCUUCACAAUGUCGAGCGUGGAGUUCCGCUUCCGGGAUGUGCAGCUCGAAGGCUUGAGCCCCACCAUGGGCCCGCAGUCGGGGGGCACAAAGUUGGCCAUCAUUGGGCGCCACCUGAACGUGGGCACGUCGGCUGUGGCCUAUCUGGACGACUACGAGUGUCGCAUCAACCGUACGCAGGCCUCAUCGAGCCGGCUGACGUGCGUGACGUCGGCAGCACGAUCCCCGGAACACAUUCGCAUCCUGACGUUGCGCAUCGAUGGUGCCAAUCGUACGCUGGCUUGCAGCGGCGGUGGUGUUGGUGGUGGUAGUAAUUCGAUGGGACGCGGCGGACUGUACGGUGGCGCAGCCGGCACCUAUCACAGUCGGUACGAAACGUGCAGCGUGUACAACUACACGGUGGAUCCGAAAAUAAUGCAAAUCAAGCCACUGAAGAGCUUUCUGAGCGGUGGCCGCAUGAUGACGGUGCACGGCACAAACCUCGACGCGAUACAGAUGCCCGAGAUUGAGGUGUACCUCAAUGAGGAGCGCUUGAACCGGUCCACCUGUGUGGUGCUCAACUCGAACCAGAUGGAGUGUCCAUCGCCCUCCGUCCGUGAAGCGUGGCUGGCGGUGCAACAGCAGCAGCUACUGCUGCGCAACCUAUCCACUACCGGCCACGGUGGUGGCAGUAGCGAGUUCGCGCAACAACUACUCUCCAGCUUCGUAUCGGCCGACGGACGUCCAUUGCAGGCGGCACUGGCCGCCGCACCGUCGGCAAUGCCAAUGCAGCAACAGCAGUAUUCGCUGGCCCCGCCAACCGGUGGCUCCGGUGGCUCGCCAACGGCCUCGCCGUUUCUUCCGUCCGAUCAGCAGCUGCAGCUGUUGCUGCAGAUCAACUUUCUCAUGGACAGUGUGCUGUCCGUGCGCAAUCUCCCGAAGCACUUUCAGAACCUUCGCUCAUCGAUCGUCUACGUCGAGGAUCCGGUCUACCAACCGUUCCCGAACGCGGUGAAAAUGUACAAGGGUGACACGCUGGUGAUCGAGGGCGAACACCUGAACGCGGCCAGCGACGAGACGGAUGUAAACGUGACGAUCGGGAUGGCACAGUGCAACGUGACAAGCCUGGCCCCGACGCAGCUCGUCUGCACGCCACCGCUCGAGCAGCCAGCCCCGACGGACGAGAAUGGCGUUCCGACGGCGAACGAUCUGCCGCUUGUGGUGGUGCGCGUUGGGCGCAAUCUGCGUUUCCCCAUCGGUUUCAUCAAGUACGAUCUGAUCAAGCCGUAUGCGUUCUCGCACGUUCUUUUCGGCGUGAUCGUUAGUGGCAUCUUUUUCGUGUUUUCGUUGCUCAUCAUUCUGCUGAUCUAUCGGCGCAAGAGCACGCAGGCGGAGCGGGAGUACAAGCGGAUCCAGAUCCAGAUGGACACGCUCGAGAGCAACGUGCGGAUGGAGUGCAAGCAAGCGUUCGCCGAGCUGCAGACCGACAUGACCGACCUGACGGCCGAUCUCGAGAGUUCCGGCACGCCGACGCUCGAUUUAGUCAAUUACGUGAUGAAGGUGUUCUUUCCGGGCGUAUCCGACCACCCGGUGCUGCUGGUGAAUGGGGCGAAGCUGCAGGGUACCGGCGGGAGCCACCAUCACGGCCAUCACGUGCACCCGCACCAGCGCACGAACUACGAUCAGGCGAUGGUGAUGUUCGAGCAGCUGAUCAACAAUCGCGUGUUUUUGCUGCUCUUUAUCGAUACGCUUGAGGCACAGAAGACGUUCAGCAUACGAGAUAAAGUGAACGUGGCCUCGCUGCUGAUGAUUGUGCUGAUGAAUCAGAUGGACUACGUGACCGACAUACUGAAAAGCUUGCUGCUGCGUCUGAUCGAGAAGUCGGUGAUGACGAAGCACCCGCAGCUGAUGCUCCGCCGGACGGAGAGUGUGGUGGAGAAGAUGCUGACCAACUACAUGGCGCUUUGCAUGUACGACUAUCUGCGCAACUACGCCGGCAACUCGCUCUUCCUGCUGUACAAGGCGAUCAAGCACCAGAUCGAGAAGGGGCUGGUGGACGCGGUCACGCACGAUGCCCGCUACUCGCUGAGCGAGGAGCGGCUGCUGCGCGAACAGAUCGCCCACAGCAUCGUGUCGCUGCACAUCAUCCAGGACGAUCUGGAUGAGAAGGUGCAGUGCAAGGUGCUGGACUGUGAUACGAUUAGCCAGGUGAAGGACAAGAUCCUGGACGCGCUGUUCAAGAACACACCCUUCUCGCUGCGCCCCGCCGUCCACGAUCUCGAUCUCGAGUGGCGCCACGGGCGUGGUGGCCACCUUGUGCUGCGGGACGAAGAUGUCACCUCGAAAACGGUGCACGGCUGGAAGCGCCUCAACACGCUCGCCCACUACGGUGUGAAGGAGUCGGCCGUGAUGUCGCUGGUGGCGCGACCACACGACGGCUACAACACGCCCGGGCGGCACAUCUUCCCGUACUGUUAUUACAUCAACAAUCCACCGUCCUCCAAUCAUCAUCCGCACCUUUCGUCCAGCUCGUCCCCAUCGGCGCCCCCGGGGUUCGGGUGCGGAAGCAGCGGUACGAUGAUGUCGGCCCACAACACCGACACGCUGCUUGCCGGAAGUGCCAGCCAUCAUCACCAUCCGCACCAUCAUCAUCAUCAUCAGCAGCACGCCCAGCAGCAGCAGCAGCAGCAGCAACAGCAGCAACAAUCGUCUGUUGGCGUGUUCCACCUAGUGAAACCGAUGGACGAUCGCUUUUCGACGCUGUCGUCGUAUGAGCAGCACGGAUCGUCUUCAUCGAGCGCUGGCGGGGCUCACGCCGUGCUGUACGGCACGGGUCCGGGCGGCGGAAGCCAUCAUAAAGCAAUACCGGAAAUCUUCCUCACCCGCCUGCUGGCGACGAAGGGCACGAUCCAGAAGUUCGUCGACGACCUGUUCGCCACGAUACUGACCGUGAACGAGGCGCUACCGCCGGCCGUGAAGUGGCUGUACGAUCUGCUCGAUGCGGCCGCCCGGCACCACGGCAUACACGAUCCGGAGGUGCUGCACGCGUGGAAGUCGAACGGUUUGCCGCUGCGCUUUUGGGUGAACUUUAUCAAAAACCCCGACUUCAUCUUCGACAUCCACAAGACGCCCUCGGUCGACGUGUGCCUGAGCGUGAUCGCACAAACGUUCAUGGACGCGUGCUCGACGACCGAGUACCGGCUGGGGAAGGAUUCGCCCUCGAACAAGCUGCUGUUCGCGAAGGAUCUACCUCAGUACCGGGAGAUGGUUUCUAAUUUCUACGCCGACAUUGCCAUGAUGCCUCAGAUCAGUGAUCAGGAGAUGCGAAGCGCCAUGCAAAGGCUAUCGAUCCACCAGCAGCAGUUCGACACGCUCGCAGCACUGAAGGAGCUCUACAUCUACGUUAGCAAGUAUCGUUUACAGAUUAAGGAAGUAUUAGAAAUGGACCUGGCGGCAAGCAAGUGCCAUUUAGCACAUAAGCUCGAUCUUGUCGCGGCCACGUUAGAGGACGAUGAAUGCAAAACAAUUGACUAUUACGAAUAGCAACAAAUGGCGCCACCGACAGCGACGGCGACGACGAUGUCCGGUGGCAGAACGCGGAAGAAGCGGCACUUUUUAAAGAAUGGCCAUAUUUUAAACGAGAGACAGCAAAACGUAGCAGAUUGAAUAGCGCGAAUAGGAGCGGUAGUAGGGCGAUCGGAGGGCGAUCUAUGAGAGGGUCCAUGAGGGUCCACCUCCAAGCCUGGGAUCCGGACCUUUUUCUUUCGUCGCCCCAGCAGACACGGCAGCGGGUGUGCGGGUGUAUUACAUGCAACAAGUGCUCCGGGUGAUCCGAAGGAAGCAUUUACUAGUUUAAAUAGCAGUAACAUUACUUAAUCUUCCGACGUGUCCCGUCCGCCCCGUCGGGAACAAUGGGAGAUGUUUAAGCCUAGUGAAAAGAAACAAAAACGAAAACUAAUCUGCGAUCGCCGCAGAGAGUGUAGUGUACGCGGCCGCGACCGAGUUGCGCGUGGUGUGGAUGAUGGGACGCAAUAUGUCCAUUUAUUUAUAGUGUUCAAAACCCGAAGCCGAUACAAAAAAUAUUGGGCAUACUGACGCAUCCCUCGGAGAGGGAUGCGCGCUCUCUGUCAACUCAAAUACGCGAUCAUUGUUGCCUGACUCAACCCGAGGCCUGUGGGUCUUUUGGGGGGAACACAGUUCAAGCUGCCAGCUAAACUGGGACUAAGCUAUACCGCGAACGGAGCAGCGGUGGGGAGUCGUCAGCCACAUACUAGAAACGAAGCUGGUAUAGCCGUGGCGCGUACGGUUGCAUUUUAAAAUGGAUAUAGAUUCUAAGUUUUUUCCCCCGCAAAACAACACUCGUAAUUAUCUCUGACUGGAGUUAUUUUUUAACAUACAGAUUUAAAGCAACAAAGAAGGAAGCGAAAACAGAAACAAAGCCGCGUUCGCGGACGAUACUCUACUUAUAUACUCAACGCUGAUCUGAUCGGAGGUGGAAAUAGCGAAGAAACAUGACGUAAAAAGACGACUUAUAGUCAGCAGUAGGAUGAAAGUUAAUUUAAAACAACAACAAAAAAAACAAAAGUUAAUGAAAACAGUGAUAAGGAAACAAACACAAAAAUUCAAACACAUACAAAACAGAACAGCGAUGGAGUCAAGCGUGGAACAAGCCGGGCAAACUGGGAGAGCCGUAAAAUCAAUGACAACUUGGAAAGACAAGAGAAAAUGCGACUGAUUGAAUUAAUAUACAACAAAACAAAAAGGGCAGAAACGGAGAGAGUGGGCGAGCUGAGAUGGUAGAGAACUGGGAAAGAAAGGA